AUGAGGAAUAUACAGACAACAUCAACACUAAUUUUCAUUGGUAAUUAAAAUGUUAAUAAUUUUAAUAUCUGAUAUUACUGAUAUUAUGAAAUAGAUUUUUUUCAUACGAUUAAAUUUGAAAUUAACAAAAAUGUAAAAAAUCCUACUAUACCUAAAUAUUAUAAAUAAUACUAAACGACCUUAGUAUACUUAGCUGUAUACUUAGAUGUAUAAAGUUUGGAAACCGCUGAUUUUAAUUAUAUCUGUAUACUAAGCUUUGCUAACGAAAAACAAUUCUAAGUAAAGUUCGAAAAAUCAAAUAAUUACCUCCCCGAUUAACCGUUUUGUACCGAUUUGCCGAUACCCGAUAAAAAUAUUUAGUUCAAAAUGAAUUAUACUUAUAUUAAGAAAUAUAAUUUUCUUAUUGAUUUAAAUUAUUUGUAUAAAUCACUAACAUUGUUCAAGUCGAUUAUUAUCUGUAUACAAAAAUAUACCUAAAAUUUACAAGCUUCUGUUUUCUAAAUGAAAAUGGAACAUAUUGCGUACAAAACGUAUUCCAUACCUAAUACAAAUCGUACCAUUUUAUAACCUAAAAUUGUAAUUUGAAACUUUAUUAUAAAAUAAUGAAUUAUUAAAUGUCAUUCAAGUUUAUAACUUCUAUACCUUUCUUUUGUAAACGAUAAACUUUCUUCUAAUUUUCUAUAUUUAGUUUUCAUCUUUUGUAUUUUUUUUUUUUUGCUACGAGAUCAAGCUCAAAGUUUUUUUGUUGGUUUUUGAGCUUAUUAAUUUAAAUUAAAAAAAUAUUUGGCUUGAAAGUACGAUCCGUCGGCGAAUUGGUACUUUUUUCAUUUUUAUCGGAGACCGGUUUUCGCAUCGGCAAAACGAGUAAUUAGCGGGUCGAGCCUGAACCGAUGAAACCGACUUAAGUGCUACGAAAAAAAAAUCUCUUGUUAUUUUUCGAUUAGAUCAAGAUUGUUGGUUGAAAAAUUAUGAACAGAUACGAAAAAAAAAAUAAAAAAAUAAUAACAAUAAUAAGCGCACAAAUUCGCCGAUAAAACCGAAACUCUCGUCAAUCCACUUAGAGUUUAAAAAAAACAAAAAAAAAAUACCCCAAAUAAAAGGGUACACCGACUCCGCUGGGAAUAUCGAAAACGAAACGGGUUCUGCGGCCACGGGGGGGGGGCGAAUCGGCCCGCCGGAGUACCGGUUAACACCGUCCCCCGACAAGGUUCGUCGCCCCAAAUGCCCGCCGACGACGGAUAACCGGGCGAAGGCCGCCGUACACGGGUGCCGGGCCGACCGCGGCCGCCGCGUCGUGACCGAGCACUCGCGUCUUUUUCACGUGCGUGACGUCACGUGGCGGCGGCGGCGGAGCUUUUGGCCUAUACCAUUAUGGUACCUCGCGACGCGCGCAACCGUACGUUGUCGUCGCGGCGGUGUGUCUGUGCGCGGGCGCGCUCUCACGCGCGCGAGUUGUUGUACGGGCCCGGCGUCCGCGUGUACGUGGCCGUGCGUCCGCCGCUCGAACGUGGUACGUGGCCGUGCGCUUGUGUGCGCGUGUCGCGUUGUUAUUAUUGUUGUUGUUGUUGUGCAUAGCCAGCGAGGAUAGCGUGCGCGCGUGUGUCGGACAGCGAGCCAGCGAGGUAGCGAGCGAAUCGCCGUGUCGCGCCGCCGUACACAUACGCCGUACAAUAUUAUAAAAUAGUAAAACCGUCGCGGCGGUCGUCGCGCUCGCGCCAGUACAGAGGCCGCGCCGGUACUACGCGCCCGCACUACGCUCGGCUGUCCCGCUGUUCUCCGCGUGCCGUGUCGGAGUGCGAUUUUCCGCGUUUCGGUUCGCGCGGUUUUGUCGUUUUUUUUUUUUUUCUACCUUUCGAUUAUAAUUUUUGUUAUUAUUUUUUCUUCGCUCUCGUUUUUCGACUUGCCGGUCGUUUGUUCGCCGGCCUGUUUUUCGCGUAAGCAGUUUUUUAAUUUUUUUUUUUUAGUUUUGAUUAUUUUUGUUUCUUUCGAUCGGUUCCGUUGUGCGAUUCUUUUGGAAUUUUCGGGAAAAAAAAAUAAACUUGUAUUAACACGAAUUUUGUAUAAACUCCGCCGAUCAAGGUAAAUAACAUCCGCUAUUAUAAUAUAACAUUAUGACGUACACUGCCUGACGGUUAUAGACGGGGACGGACUGCAUUUUUCUUUUUUAUGUUGGUGGGUAAGGUGUGUUCCUCGCGCAAUAUCCCCGAUUGUUAGCACGCGAACUGCAACUCGUUUCGAUGGCUACGGGUUUUUUUUUUUUUUUUUUAUCGUGUUUUUCACCUCAAUUUACAAGAUGAAAAUAACAUACGAAACGGUUGAAAGAAAAAAAAUAAAAUUAUUAUUGAACAACUCUAAAUGAUGACAUGAUGACAUGGGUGUAAUACUUAACGCGGUACCCGAAAGAAAAUUAAUUUUUUUUUUAAGAUAUUUCUGAGGUAGCAAAAUGAUUGGAAAAAAAACGGACAUACCUACUUCACACGAUUGGUGGGCCACCGUUAUAGAUGAGAAGUUGAGAUGGUAGAAUGGAAAUUUAAUGUAUAUCUGUACCUACGAAAUGAUUGGCAAUUGCUAACGAAAAACGAUUCUUAGCGGACUUCGGUUUUACAUGCUUUGAAAGGCUUUAAUAUUUACGAUUUGAAAAUCAUACAUUAUUUCGUAAAUCUUCCGGUUUUUUCCCGGUGUUUCCCGUUUAUUGUGAAAACUCUAGGGAGAAUCAAAAAAAAUGACUUGCCUAAAGUACCACCUAACAAAUAUUUACUUUCAAAAAAAAUUGUUACACUAGAAAAUUUCUGGUAGAAGGGUUGUUCAAAAAAAUAAAAUAAAGAAAAUAUAUUAAUAUCAUUGUAAAACCAAUAAAUUCCUCGUUCCACUGAGAAUCUAAAAAGCAUAAUAAAGUGGUAGGUAGCGAAUGAACUGCCAUGAAACAAUGUUCGAAAUGUUCUUGGAAUGUUAUUACACUUUUAACAUGAUAAAAUGUGUACCUACGUAAAUGGCAUUAAUCAAAACUAUGUGGAAAUUUGAAAUUAUUCGGAGACCGCGGUGACGAUGGCUUGAGUUCUGCAGUGUUUUUUUUUCAGAGCAGAUUGUCAGCGGUGGUGACAGUAGCAUAACGGAGGAAAAACGUUUUAUAUACUAUGCAAAACAUUUUAGACACUAACAACGUCGUUUGUUUGACGGAAUUAGUCGGUGUUACGAGUAAAAAAUAAAAAUGAUUAUCCUCCGAAUUAAACGUGUUACCGGUCAAUGUUUUGGCUGUACGCAAUUGACCAGCCUCCUCUAAAUCUCGAAUAUCCUUCCGGACCGACAAUCCGUGUCGUACUGAUUAUCUAACAAUUCGAUUCGUUAACAAAUUAUUUAAUUUAAUAUUAAUUAUAAUAAUCAUUUAGUAUUGUAUUAUAAAAAAAAAUAUAUACAUUUAUUUUACCGCAAAUAUAUUAUUCAAAUUAACUAUCGUUUUAUAAAAUUGUAUUGUAAUUAAUCUAAUGUGUGUUUGUUUUCAAGAUGAAAAUGGAAAACUAUUGCGUCGGAUAUUUUAUUAUACAAAUCGUACCAUUCUUAGAUGAAAAAAAAAACUAGUGUUAUGCCAUUACACAUUAAUUGUAAAUGUUAUGCCUACUAACCGUUCUUUUGCAAACGAUAAUCUUUUUACUGAUUUUUUUAUAUUUAUACGUCAUAUUUUGUGGUUGACCACAUUUUAUUGCUUUAAGAGUUCAAGCUCGAAAGAUAUUUGUUGAUUUUUUUAGUUCUUUGGUACAAGGUGUAAUGUUUGUAGUUUUCUAGAUUUCCACAUCAAAAUAAUGUUUUUGUAUUUUAUGUGACUGCAAUCUGUCGGUGAAACGAGUGGUCAGCGAGUUGGGCUUGAUUCCUACAAUAUUCGCGUUGUGCGUCCCAUAGACGAUUAAAAUCUGUGGGUAAAAUAAAUUGUUAUGGUAAGUGUUCAGUGAUGGAGUUUAAGGUGGCUUUAAAUAUGACCUAUAUUACGAUUAAAAAGGACGUUCCUUGUUCAACAGAUUUACGAAAAAUCUAUUAAACUGAAACGUUAAGUAAAAAAAUACUUAUAAGCGAACACGAGAAAAAAUGUCGGUUGAUGAAAACAUAUCAUAUUUGUUUCGUUAAAAAUGAACAAUAUUAUUCACUAUUAUUUCACUUUUUACAUUACUUAUACGGAUGCUUAAUAUUUAGGGGAGAGGAUAAAUUUUGAAAUACUACUCUACCUUUAUCACCACCCUACCCUUACUCAAAGCUUACACGGCAUUAAAAUCACCACUGCAGUAAGACAUUAUAUAAUAUUAAUAUUUUUGGUUUUAGGAAAAAAGGACUCAAUUGAAUUUUUGGUAUUUUUAGAUUCAGAGAGUAGCGAGGGAUUUAUUGAUUUUACUAUGAUGUAUUUUUGUUUUCUGUCAGUAAACAACUUUUCUACCAGAAAUUGUUCUCCGAAGUACCAAGUGUAGUAUCAUUUCUGAAUAGAAAUUUUUUCUAGUUGAUGUAUUAGAUAGAAUAUUUUGUGAUUUGCCAAGCUGUUUUCCAGUUUUUUACAUAAUUAUUAUUUGACAGGUACUCUAUGGGAUAAUUUUUUUAGACUUAACAGAUAUGCUUAAAAAUAUGACAGGAAGUUCAAUAUAAGUCACACUAAGAGGAAAAAAAAUGAAUUUAAUGUGUUUUUUAUUUUUUGAGUUUUAAAAUAAAAUUUUGAUGAAAAUCUUAAAUAUCACGACCUUUUAAAACAUGAAUAACCAAACUUCGCUCCAAAUCGCUUUUAUUUAGCAAUGGCUUAUCGUUGAAUAUAGAUAUAAAUUAAAUAAAUGUAUGUAUCCUAUCUUUCCAACUACCCAUCUUCAACAGUGGCCGCAACUAUCUCCAGUAUCAGCUCUUUUUUAAAUAAUUGUGUUCACUUUAUUUGUUUGGUCUAAUUGGUCAUAUUGUAUGCUUUUACAUAUAAUUGUACUGAAAAUGAAAAUAUCUUAAGUCACCAUAUGGUGUACUUUUUGUUUUAAAAAAAAAAAAAAAACAGAUGUCAAAUCAAACUAUAAGUAUUUAAUUUGCACCAGUAAUAAUCUUCAUGUUUUAAUUUGGUUAUUUUGAAAACUAUGUUUACAAAAUAAAUUUAUUUAAGAUCGUUAUGACAAAAUUGACAACAUUAACCUAGAUAUAUUAUCAACAAAACCGAAACUUCAUCAUAAAUAUUUAAUAAAAAUAAUAAUUUAGCAUAAGAAUAAGAUGAUAUUGCUCUUGGAUGUGCUACUGUUUUUUGGAAAAUUGGGUGCUAUUAUAUACAGAGUCAGUUUUUAUUCCAGAUCUUUUUUUCUGGGAGGUAUUGUACAUUUCCCAGAGGGUACAUUAAGAUAAGAGCAAAUAAUGGUGAAAAUAAAUUGAAUACAAAAUUUGUUUUGUAUUUUUUGUUCACAUAAGACAUGACUAAUGAGUAAUAGCUAAUAAAACCUAACAUUUCUUAAAAGUCAUUUAUAUUGAUAUUAGAUAUCUAUCUAAUAGGUAGGUAUUGAAUUUAUUCAUAUUCGAAUACAAAGGUAUAUUAUAAAAAAAUUAAAAAAAAAAAAACUUAUUUUAGUAAAUUCUUUGUAAUAAAAAAAAAUCUUACUGAAAUAUGGUAUUAUUAUUAAUUAUUAUACUGCAUAAAUUAUAGAUUAUUAUUUAUUAUUAGGUUUAUUAAUAUCAUAGUUCUCAGUAAAAUAAACUAAUCUAAACGAAUGUGGCGCUGCUUUUGACAUGCAUACAAAUCAAGUUAUUUAUAUAUCAUAUUCAAUCUUUUAUCAUAAUAUUUAUUUUAUUUUAUCAUUAGUUUUCAUAGUAAGCUUCAAUUUUUUUAUGGGAAGUAAACAUUUUUGUCAGGGGAGGGGGGGAACCCCUCCCCGGUCACCCUCCUGAAAUAAACGCUGUACAGAGUAGUUUAAUUGAAUUAUUUUAUAUAAAGUACGCACAUUUCGCUUCAAAGACUGGAGAAGUUUGUUUCGUCACCGUGCAGUAAGUUGGUCUUUACAAUUUUAUAGCACAAGUAUUUUACUCACUAUAAUACCAGGCAAACAGUUUUGUUUUUUGCCAAUCGGAAAUCGUGCAGCGCCGAAUCGCAAAGAUCGUUUUAAACUUUUUUGGACAUCAUCCAAAGAGAUAUUUUAUUUCUUUAUCCACCACCAUAUACGAAACUCCCUCCGUAUAAAACGUUGUCGUCAUAUUAGAAUAUCGUGUGCAACGUAUCUACGUAAAUAAAAUCAAAUAAGUCAUUUGCCUUUUCGAUUAGAAAACUGUUUUUUAGAUCGAACCACACGCGUAUAAUAUAUAAUAUCAUGAAAUUCGUAAAAUAAUUGUGAACGUUUUGCGUUUUAUAUUAACUAUAGCUUUUCAAUAUUUUAUGCUAGUAAAGUUAAAACUUUUGGUACGAUACAAUAAUGUUCGAAUGAUGAUACAAUUAUGUUUAUACCGCAAUAAUAUUGGUCUUACAUGCUACACGCUACGUAGUGUUGUAAUCUAGACCAGAACAAAUCAUCUGAAAGAUAAAUAGGAUAACGGACAUGCUAUCUUUUAUCUAGAUAAAAAUAAUAUAUUUAAUUUUUGUCUUAAUCUUUGUAAUUAUUUGUGGUCAAUUCGUAGAUAAUAGGUACUAGCUAGGUAAUUUUUUUUUUUUUUAUCAAUCAUUAACUCAAAUGCGUUAUAUUAGUACAUUAUAGUACGUAUCUACUAAAAUAACUGGUAUUCCAUAUUUAAAAAUAUUAGAUAGAUUUGUACUUUAAGUAACAUGUAUCUUGAUAUAGAUAAAAUAUAAUUGUUUCCAAAUCCUUUUUACAUGAACCAGAUCUAUAAUUUUUAAUAAUUUAUAAUAUUAUGUUUAACUUUUAUAUCAUCUGAAUCAUCUGCCCUCUCAAAGUAAUAUUUAUAUAAAUUAUUUGAAUACAUUACAUCUAUAUUAUCUUUAUGUUUUUAUUAGAUAAUUGAAAUUUAGUUUUGUUUUAGACACAGAACUUUAUUAACUAUCUUUAUCUUUUAUCUGGAUAAAAAUAUUGGCCAUCUUUGGGCAUUUUUUUCCUAUAUUAAUUCGAUAAUAUUAUUAUGUUCGAAUUUUGAUGAGAACCGUAAAAUUACGACGAAUCGUAAAAUGCGUCCAUCUCGUUAUUGUUAAAAACCAUUCGAUUUAAAAUGUAAGGAAAAACCGGGUUCGACUGAUCUUUCACCUUUUUUUUGUGGCCACUAUGACAUUAGGGUCAGUGUUUCGAUACGGGUAAUCGUUUUCAAUGUAUACACUCGCACACGUCUAUUCAUGUACUGUACAUGUUAUAAAGAAAAGGAGUAUAAAAAACACAUACUUUUUCGUUGUUCUUCUAUUCACGAACAUCAUCCGAGUUAUUGCCGUGUAAUAAAUAAGUAAAGGUAUACAGUAUAUGUAUUUACAGCAGAUUUUUAUCAUCAGAGUGACGGGUGAAGAACGAUGCGUUUUGUUAGAUUUCUUUUAUCAUUUUCAUUGCGAAAAAAAAACAGACAUAAACUUUUUGUUUUCAUAUGUGGGGCUAUGCCAUGGGGUAGUCUUAUAAUAUUAAUAAAAUAUUAAAAUCCAAUCGUACAAUGGUGAAAUACAUAAUAAUACGCGGUCAUCGUUGUAUCGCAAAAAUGGUAUUUUCGUCUUCACUGACUAUCAUUUACGCCAAAAUAAAAAAGAUACAAUUUUUGUUUACGCCAAAUCUAUUAAUUCUACAUACCUAUAAAAACUAUAUUGUUGGAGUAGUAAGUUCCACCUACAGUAGCCUAAAGGCUACUGUGAAGAAGACCGGGUCUUAUUGACUUGAACAUUUUUUUUUUUCUUUAAGUCAUCAUAACUAUUAAAUAAUAUCAGUGUUAAGCAUAAAAUAAUGUUUUUAUAUAUGUCCUUAAACAAUAUUAUGGCUUUAUAAUUAACGAAUUCAUUUACAAAAUUUAUUAUGUUAAUCUUAUUUGAUGGCUUUAAAUAAAUACAUUUUGUGGUCCUUAAUGAGUAGUGAAUGCCGAUGUUUGUAAAAUGUUUGUGAAACGUAAUUUAUUUUAUUGAUUUUAAAUUAUCAAUAAAUGUAUACAUUAUGAUUUACAAUGACUUUAUGAAACAUAAAUCAUAAUUCAUGAUCAAAUUGGAUACAUAGAAGAUAAAUUAUAUAUUACUAUUUCACAGGUUUUUUUAUAUUUUGUUAAAGUCUUUAAAAUCUCUAAAAACUUAUCUAGUUUUUAUGUGGAUAAAAACGAGGUUAUAUAACAUUUUGUCUUGAUGAAAUUUGUUUAGUGUUAUCUAUUAUAUUAUGUACGUAUUAUCUGUAACCAUAUCUGUAUCUUAAAAAAACUAUUUUUGCAACCACCAUUCAAAUAUAAUGGACAGUAUUUUGCAUUAAAUCGUGAACGUUUUGGCUGCAUGUUAUUGAAAUAUAAAUGUGGCGUAUCCGAAACGAUCGGUCAACAAAAAAAAAAAAUACGAUAAUUGCCUGAAAAAUCGUACACGUAAUAAUAUAUAUAUAUAUAUUUGUUUUGUUAAGUUGUGAUAUAUUAUUUAUAUAGCUUGGACGUGAAACUAUAUUAUAGUAUACGUGCGGAGAAAAAUCAAUAGCUUUGACGGUGGAAUUCUAACGGACCGGGAUGUGUUUUUGUUUUUAAUUUACUAAAAUAAAAAAAACAUGCACAUUUGGUGCGUGGUCCGUGUUAUGUGCGAAAUAUUACGCGGCGUGGUUAUAAAAAAAAAUAAAUGUAAAACUAUCUAUAGUAAAAACGCAAUCAUCAUCCGGCGACGGAUACCUUUCGUCAAGUUAGCGGUUCGCCAAGAAAAUAUGGGUAAUAAGACGAAUCGCGUCGGCGACAAAUUAUACAAACCGACGACGACGAAACACAUUCGUUUGGCCGUGUGAUGGAGGCCAGUUAGUUAAGGUUGAGUUAAAAAAAAAAAACCGUUAUUAUUUUCUUAAAACUAACAAUAAAUAAAAUAAUAAUAUUGUGAUCGAGUGGAAAGUAUACAGUGUAAUGUUUAGUAAUACAAUGUUUGUAGGCACCAUAAAUCUGCACAUCCAUCAGCCGAUUUCAGCCACAUUUCAAAAUUAAAUUCCGCCAUGUUUCCCUGUUGCUAAAAUCCCCGCAUGCCCGUUUUUCUACCAAUUUGGCACGGAUUCUAGCCUGAAAUCAAAAGUCGAUUACCGUUUAUACUUUUAAUGUGUAAUUUUAUUAACAUAAGUAAAAUAUAUGUGUUCAUGUAGAAAAAAAUAAAUAGAAGAAAAAGACUUUAAAAUUGUUUUUAAAGAUAAAACACUAUUCAAAAUAUUUUACAUUAUCGCAUUAUAAGGACAACCAUAAUAAAGACGUUUUAUAGUUUCUUAAAUACUCAACUUACUAUUAAGGUAUAUAUAAAUCUUGUUAAAUAUAUGUUUUUUUUUUUUUUUUAAUAAAUUUAACUUGUUCAUUAUGUAGUAAUACAAGAAAUAGGAAAAAUAAAAAGGUGGAAUAAAAGUGGUAGGGGGAAAAAUAUAAAGUUGUGGUUAGGAGUGAGAUAAUAAUAGACUAAGACACUUAGUAUAGUAAUAGAAGACAAACAUAUUUAAAAUAAUAGGAUAUUACGUAGAAGUACUUACAAAGAAUAAAAUAUAGAGGAGUAGGUAUAAAAAUAUACUUAUAUAAUAUAAAACAAUUUAUCUAGGUUUUGGUACUACAAAGAGUGAUUUAUCUUUAAUCAUAAUAAAAGUUCAGUCUACUAGUUAUCUCACUAUAUUCCUUACGAUGUUUAAAAGGGAUUCAGAGUCGUGAAUCCGAGAAUGGUUACGAAAUCAAUAAUUAAAGAAAGAUAUAAUUAUUUUACCUGCCCACGGUGUUGAAACGCUAAGGUGUAUACUUAUGGAUAACCUCACGUGAACCUGGAGUCGUUGGAUGGCAAUCACAAUUUAAUUAAGAUAAACUAAUUUAAUUAAUGAACACUUAGCAUCUGUGUGCACUCAGAUUAAAAAUGAUAAUCUAUGAAUUAGGAAAAUAAAAGGUUAAAAUAUAAAGUAAAUUAAUAAAUAAAUUGAACACGAAUGAUUAUAGCUGCUAAAAGUCGAAGCUAUCCGAGAGAGAUCCUCGAAGUAAAUUGGGGUAGUGUAGUUGUUGCUGCGUGCAGGAUCCUCGACAGAGUGAUCGUCUUGGGAUUUCUCGAAGGGUCAAGAGGCUUCAUUUUCAAUUGAAAAAACCGUUAAAUUUUAUAUGUUUAAAUAAGCCAAAAAAAAAAGUCAACCAUAAAAAAAUUAGUGUUAUGUGUUGAUUUGAAAUUUGUAUAGAAAUAAUUAUAAUGGUACAUAGGGCGAGAGAAUGAUGACUACACGGUGGUAUCAUCAAAGGGCCGAUUGAUGUUAUGUAUCUAUUGCUUAAUUUUAUUUGACUUAUAUUUGAAUGUUCUUAAUGAAAUUAAUAGGUCGGAUAUUGAUUCUUCUCGAAUGAUAGAAAACCACUGGAAUUUGUGUGCUCAAAAAAACGGAACAGAUGGUAUUCGCGUCGAUGUCGAUAUAAAAUAAUUAAUAAUCUAAUUAUGAAAAUAAGAUAAUAUACAAUAGUAAGACUAAGUUUUAUUAUAUACGUUAAGUAGUAGUUUGGUUUAAAAUACGAAUUUUUCUAAGUUUUUUAUCCUGUAAAAUAUUUAUAUAUACAUAAUUAUAAACAACACUUGUUUACCCUUUUUUAAUUUGUUAGACGGCAGAUUUGGUGACGUAUUCUGCAGGAUAAUACAAUAUUAUUAUUAAACGGAUAUUAUUAUUAUUAUUGUUACUAUAACUCAUGUUCCGGAAGAUGCGUCAAUUUGUAAAGAUUGCGCCCACAGCCACCGCCGCCGCCGUUAUUUGUCAAAAUAUCAGAUGCCUCGAUAAAGAUGCAGUCAUUAUAUUAUUAUUAUUAUUAUCCAACAUCGCGGUACUAAUGGCCGCAGUUUAUGUUCCCUUUAUAAUAUAUUAUAUAAACGUAACCGUCCCUUAUUUUAUAAAAUCAUCUCCGACACGCAGAUUUCUGUUCGCAGUAAUAAUUCGCGUAUUUUGCAGGUAAGACGUAAAAAAGUUUAUUGUUAAAAAAAAAAAGAAAUAAUGACAAUUCGUAAUUAGAUCGUAAGAGAAGUACAUUUUCAUCGAAACAUCGUCCGUCUGAUCGAUCUUAAAAAUACCUGUGCACCAUAGUCAGUGGCGUGCCCAGGUUUUUAAAACGGCAGGUUUGGUUUUAAAUUUUAUUUAACACCAUAAUUGAAUAGCCAACAGGAAUAUUUUAUUUGACCAUAGGAGCAAAUUCCUCAAACAAUUUUUUGAGAAAAGCCAAGCUUUGGAAAUUCGUUUUAUUUUCUGGGGAUAAACUACCCAGACCCCCUUAUAUUUGUAAAAUUAAUUUUUACCGGGUUUUAAGUAGAGAUUUUUGUCUCACUUUUAACCCAACAUCAUAAUAUCAAGUGCAUUGGUAUACACUUCGCACAAUUUAUAAUAUCGUCCUAUUACUUCACAUAUUAUAUUUUUGAAGAAACACAAAUUAUUUGUUUUUUUUUUUUUUUUUUUGCAUUUAACAAGUAUUUCCGUCCAGAAUUGAUUUUGGUUCAAUUGAAAACUUUUUAGAGUAUUUUUUUUUGUAAAAUUUCUUAUCUUUUUGACGUGCGUUGAAAAUAAUGUUUUUUUUUUUUAAUUCCUUAUACAUGUCUUCAAAGCGAAGUAACCUCUAUUCAGAAUCUAAUUAUAUUUAUCUACUGUAAUUCUAAUAUUUAUUUUUACAACUAUAUUAAUUCGAAAAUUAUUGAUGAACGAUAUUUUGUAGUCGACAUCAAAUGAGCGGAGGUAUCUCUUGUGAAAUGUUUAAAAUAUUUUAUUUUUUAUUUUUUAUUAAUAAUUCGGAUUUAAUUUCAGUAAAAGGGAACUAUAAUAAUAUUAUACAUUGACAUAUUGUUUGAAGAUUUUUUAUUUUUUGUGAAAUAAAUAACAUUCAAUUUUUUCCUAACUGCGUUAUACAUAGUAAAAAAAAAAAAAUAAAUAAAUAAAGGAUAAAAUAUCGAGUUCGUUUUUUUUUUCCAUUAAUCAAUAUUUUUUAUAAACCGAACUAAAAUAAGCAAUUAUACACGUGAGUUUAUGCGAACUGUUUGCGUAUAUUAUAAUAAAAUAUUUUAUUUAACGAUUUAUUUCAAAAACAUUAAAAACCUUCAUUGACGUAACGAUGUUUCUUAUCGUUGUUUUUCGCAAUACGGAUAGAAUGCAUAUACCAGAUAUCUAAUAUUAUUACGAGUAUAAUCGCAAAAGCCAAUAGAUAUUUUUUAUUCCGUAAUAGUUUUGGGGUCGGGUUGUUAUACGGGUUACUCGAUUUCUUUUGACGAUUCCCUGGGGGAGAUAAAAAGUCCUGCUUGUUAGUAAACGGGAAUCAAACCCUCGCCCCAUAUACUAAAUUUCAGCCAAUGGUAACAAAUCGAUCGGCGUUUGGGGGCAAAGUGAAUAUUUUUCGUCUCCAAAGUGAUGAAAUAGGUAGUUAAUCUUACGAAACAGCGAAUUGUACGGUCUCGAAACCCUACACUUAUAACAUUGACUAUAUAAUAAACCACACGACUUAUACACCAUUUGUUUGGUGAAAAAAUCAGACAAUAUAUUUUGAUGAGCAAACAAAAACUAAGCUCACAAAGAAAAAUAGAAUACAUUUUUUGUACGGUUUCUUCAUCAAAAUCAUUAAUGUAUCACUAAUAUCAUACCUGAUAACUAAGGCUAGGUACUUCAUGUCAUACGAAACUUUAAAAAAUGCAUUAAUUUAUGCACUUAAAUGUAUUAAAUAUACAAUAUUCAAAUCAUUUUAUUAAUAACUAGUUUAUAAUUUUAAAAAAAUGUAUAGAUAUUUGAAAUUUAUGUGGUUUUAUUUUAAAAACGUUCUGGCAAAUUUUUAGUUAUUAUAGACAUAUUUUAGUGGGCAUGGAAGAAUUUAUAGGUCUUGGGUGGAACAGAUAUGCAUGAACGUGAAGUUCGUUAUAAGUUGUACUUAGUGGUCAAAAUUUGAGCUUAAAGAAGUAAUUUUUAUUUUAUUCACGUUUUAAGUUCAAAUUUUGAGUUUGAGUUUUUGAGAGAUGAGGAAUCACUUGGUUUUUAAUUGGUAAAAAAAUGUACCGGGUAAAACAAAACUUCGGUAAAAUUUUACUGUGUACAUUUACCAAGCCCACAUCUCUAAUCUAUAUAUCGUACGUCUAGACGUUCAUUUCGCAUAUCAACAUGAUCCUUGCGCAAUAUUAUAAUAAUAAUUGUUAUUAUUAUUGAGAUGCGGCGUCCGGAGACAAGACAGCAAAGUAUUCGGCCGCGGAAUUUGUUUACGCGGGUUAUAUUUAUUCCGACACGCCGCCAUACAUUACACAUUACAUACUUAGCCGACCUAAUAAAUGUCACUAAUCCGUUCACCUCUACCGCCGCGAGCCCCGCACACUGCCCCGACCGUCUAUUCCAAUUACGUUAUAGUAUUAUACAAUUAUAUCGAUAUAGGAAAAUAUUUUAAAAAAAAAAAAACACAUAAAUUAUUAGAAAAAAAACAUAAACAAAUUCGUAACACGUGUUCACUGUUCUACAAUAUGCGUAUAUAGUAUAUACACGCGGCGAUCGUGUGCGAAAAUCGGUUUUUUUGUUUUUUAGUAAACACAUCACAUCGACCGACGUCGUGUCGUCACGACAGUAAAAAACAAAAAAAAACCAGACUAGACGUAUAUAAAAUAUUAAUAUUAUAUUGGCAAAGGUGGUCGUUUACAAUCCAAUGGGUAGUUAAAAAGUUCAUUUCAAGUUAGACAGUUAUCUUUUAUUUAAACUUUUAACUAUAACUAUCUAAUUAAAUAUUUGUAACAUAAACUGAAUCACUUAACUAGUUUAAAAUUCACUCGUAUAAAACUUAACUUUGCACAGUUGAUUUUUAUAAACAGGCACGUUGGAGUAGACGAGUUGAAGAUGAAUGAUUUUUUUUGAAAUUCAAUUUUAAUUAUCUGUUAUCAGUCUUAGGAUUUAUGAAGUAUCAUACUGUUCGCUGUAAUAAUUUGAUUUAAUUUUUGUGUAAUACAAGGUAUAGCUAUUAAAUAACGAGACUGGGUACGAAAAAGUUUUUUUAUUAUAAAAGUUAUUCUACAUUCAAAUGUUCCCCUUAAAUAUACUCCCCUCCCCUCGCCACACACCGUUUCAUUCGUUUUUUUCAUUGCUCCAGGCAGUGCUGGAAGUCUGUUUUCGUAAGACCAUUCAGGAGUUCCACCGAUUUUUGUUUCAUCUCUUCCAUCGACUCAAACCGGAUUCCUUUUAAGGCAGACUUUAUCUUCGGAAAUAAGUAAAAGUCGCAGGGUGCCAAGUCGGGUGAGUAAGACGCGUGUUCGAGUACUGGAGUGCCUUAAGCGGCCAAAUAACGCUUCACAGACAGCGCGUUAUGGGCAGGUGCGUUAUCCUGGUGCAAGAUCCACGACUUGUUUUUCCACANCAUAGUUUGACCCUCUGGAACCCAUUCAGUCAUCACGAUGCCGUUGAUAUCGAAGAAAACGGUUUUGAAUUUGGAUUACGACUGAAUUGGAUUCCGGUGCACUCUCGACCUUCAGAAAAUAAUUUAUAUCACUCAAAAACACACGCCCGAGAUAAAAAAUCCUCACUAUAGACCUCUUUUAACAACUUAUAGUACUCAGUUGGAGGUUGUUUUAGUUUAACGAGAAAAUUUUACGUUUAUCCGUUGCUCAUGUUUUUUUUCGUCACACACGGUUUUCGGCACGAGAAAAAAACACGUUCGUUUCAAACCACUACUGCACAAAUACUAUAACAGUGACGUACCAAAACGUGUUUUGGUAUGUGCAUAGAUAAGAUAUCUAGAUAUCCAAUGCAUUACUCGUUUUUUUCACUAUCCAUCUAGGGUGCCCUCUAGGCGAUCAGUCUCGUUAUUUAAUAGCCACACCUCGUAUAUAUAUCCUAUACUUAAGUUUUCUACCAUAAAUAUUGCUCUAAUAGAUAAACGAAAAGAGACCUUUUCUGUUGAACUUUUUAUCUGGUUUAUGAGUUAGUUAGACGUUUUUCGAUUUUAUUAGUAGUUUUAUUGAUAGUUAAACAUAAUCAUGAACAAAACGUAGAAAUAACGAAAACAUUUUACGAAAAUAAUGCUUUUAUUAUUUUCAUUUUUGUUUUUUCGUUAUAAUUCAUGUUAAAAUAUUCGUAGAUACACGAAAUUUUGACAGAAAAUUCAUAUUUUUUAGAUGUGGUUAAAACGUUUAAUUUAUUUAAGUUAUCUAUAGAUAUUUUAAUAUUGCGAGUUUUACGCAAUUUUUAUUUGGUAGGUCCUGUGUAGAUAAAUUAUUAGAUUUAAAAGAAUUGUUUGAAAAUUUAAUUGCUUUAUUAUCAUUAUAAGUCGUCGUUGAUGGCCAAAAAAAAAAUUAGUUUAAUAUGAAUUUUUUUUUAUAUAAGAAUUUUAAAAUUUAAAUUUUGAAGGAAAUCAUAAAUAUUACGUCCUUUUUAAAUAUAUAUAACCAGGGACGGAUACAAGGGGGGGCUAGGGGCCCACGUCCUUCUCAGACGUAUUAUUUAUCUAAUAUCUUUUAUAAUUUUAUAAAUUUGAUAUUACUAUAUUCCAAUCACAGAUGUAUGAUAAUGUAGUUUAUUAUAUUGUAAUUUAUUGUAUUUGUUUUGUAAAAAAAAAAUGUUGGGCACCCUAAAUCUUUGCUCUGUGCUUGUGUACAUCCGAACUUCACUCCUAAUCGUUUUCCGUUAUCAUUGGUUUAUCGCUGAUCACAGGUAUAAAUUAAAUAACUUUAUGUAUCUUACCUUCUCCAUUGCCCAUCUAUAACAGUGGUGACAUUUGUCCCAGGUAUCAGCUCUUUUUUUUACAUUUCAACUUAUUUAAUUUAUUCGUGUAAUUUUUAACCGAAGGAAUUUAUAUAUUUAACUUAACUUAAUCGAGUUAAUUAUUUUCAUUUAUCUUUUCGCACUUGUAUAACGGUUUAAUAUUUUACUCAAAUAACGAUGUCGUCUUUUAUCAUUAUAAAAUUAUUCAAUACGAUGAUUUGAACCGAAAAAUUACUAUACGAGUGUACCACCUUUAUCAACAGAAAAAUACGACAAAUAUCUUGUAAUCGGCACGUUAAAUUGCAAUACCGCAUUAAUUUAAUGUUAUUCAGGAUUUUAUCAUAAUAAAACACUUUUAUCCACGAAUAAAAACUAAACAAAUUAGAAAAAUAUUACAACACACUUUACCAAUUUUAUAUCUCCAUAAUUUUUUUUUAUUUUUGUUCUUAGAUUUUGUAUACAUCUAUGGAAAUACAAACUUCAGUUAACAUCGUUAUCCGUUUUCCCCCAGGAAUAUUAAACAUUUUCAACUUAAAGUAUUCAAUUUGUAUUACGUAUUUAGAUUUGGAGCAUAGCGAUUUUUUUUCCCCCAUAAAAAUCCCGUUUGCAAAUGACCGUCGUCAAUUUAAUGAAAUUUGUUUUCUCGAUGAGGUAAAUAAAAUAAUAUUAAAUACAACGCGAUUUAUAAUGUAAAUGCUCUGGAUUCCUAUUUUACCUCGCAGCAUUUCAUUAUUCCACGAUGGUUGUGAAAUCCGAUUUUUACGAGCACACUUGUCUCGUUCCAUGCGGUCGAGCCUUGACUCCGCUCUUUCGAUAUAGUGAAUCGAAUGCAAAACAAAAAAAUAUCUAAAAAAUACAAAUAUAAGUUUAUAUUAUAUAUAUAUAUAUACAUAGUGUUACACCUUGUUCAACUUUUUAAGAGCUUUAAUGUACAAUAUUUUUUUAUUUUUUAUUUUUCAAUCUGCUAUUCUUUGUGGGGGGCAUCUAUUUGGAGAAAAAUUACAAUUUAUCAUUAAAACAAAUUAAUUUUUAUUUACUUACUUUACACAAUUUUAAAAACAGCUAUUUUGUUAAAAAUAUUAUUCUUAAUACAGCAAUGUAUCAUACAUUCAUGUUUGAUCUAUAGUUUUUUAGUAACAUUUGCUUUAAUUUAAUUUUGUUUUAGAAAUAAUUAGUCGAUGGAAAUAAACAAUUAAAUUUCCCCUUCAAAAAUAAGCAGAUUGAAGGAAAAAUUUAAAAAAAAUUGAAUGUUGUUAUUCAAGAGCUAAAAAAAUCCGUUUAAUACGGUAGAACAUCCUUUAUACUUAUAUUUGUAAAUAAAAAAUGGGUUUCCGACCGGCUGAACAUAUUUUCCGUUCAUCUGUUUGUUUUUAAAUUACAGAUCUUAUUUUUUUCAUUUCGGUCUACUAUAUUUGCUGCCAUAAACCUUUCUUAGACUUCUUUCUCGUAGACUAGCAAUAUUAUAUAGUUGGUAAACGAAAUAGUGUAUUGAAAACAUAACCUGCGGACAAAGUUGAGCUUCAAAUCGUAUUUUCUAACCAUGUAAAGAUUGAACCACACACACAAAUAGAGAAAAAGACUAUGGUCGAGAGUUUUUUAUUUUAUAUAUUUUGUCUUUUUUUUUUGUCGAUGAUAUCUAGUAAAUGGCUUGAAUACUGCAGGUAAAAAAAAAAUAUUAUAUUAUAUCCUUUAUAACAGUUAUAGAGGUACGAGUCUAGUCUUAUAGUGUAGUGUGAAUAGCGGAACGAAACUGUUUUAAUAAAAUAUAAAUCAAAAAAAAAAUUCAAAAUAACUCGAAAAUGUCAAACAGCUGAUGUGAAUCGUAAAAUGCCGAAAUAUUUUAUAAAUUAAAUCAUACAUCACCUAAAACGUUCGGUAGAAAUAGAAUAUAUACUAACAAAACAACGACGAGAAGAUUUUCCCAUUUUUCAGGUUCCCAGUUAUUAUAGGAAAAGUUUUGCGACGAAGAAAUUGCGGCGUUCGGUGACGUUUAGUUGUUUAUUCCGAUUUUGUUCUGUUUUAACAGAAUUUAUAAAUGUUUGGGGCCUGGUAUAAGAAAAAAUUAGGUUGAUUCAAAUGUGUUUUCAUUCCUAUCGAAAAACUUAUAUGAUGCCACUAACUAUUAGUUUAACAAAACAAUUUUUUUCUCGGAAAAUACAAAAAUACAUUUUCGGUCAUAAAAAAUGCUCAGAUUUAGUUUAUGUUAUGCUUCAAAAUAUGUUGGCCAUUUGUUCAGUGAUAUAACAUUUGAAGUAUCUAUUUAUUAACAUUUUUUCAGGUCUUUUUUAAUGUUUGAUAUUUAUUGAUUUCUGGAUUAAUUUGGUGACAAGGAAAAACACGACUAACACUACUCCAUUCAGAAUCGAUUUUUUGUUGGCAAUGAUUUGACGUUAGUUAUUAUAAUAUAGGCUACAUUAUCCUGCAUAUUCAUUGUCCCAAUUACCUGGGAAAUAUAAGCCUGCCGUAUUCAGUUUCAACAUUUUUUUAUAAUAAAUUAUUAUAAUUUUAAUUAAAGUCUACCAUAGAUUUUCUUAGAAUCGAAAUAGGGUUAACAGAUUGGGAGAGAGAGAGAUGCACACGUCAUAUAGUAAAACUAAAAUAAAUUUCUCGACCUCUUCGAGAUCUAAAAAAAAAACAAAAACUCCGAACGUUAUUUUUCGUUAUAAUAAUAAUAUUAUGUUUAUUAUAAUACACAAAACCAUCGUCGCGUACUAAUUUUGUAUGAUGUACAACACUCGUAUACCGAAAUUGCGGGAUAUUCAGCUCCCAUUUCCAAACGUUCUCGAUUAACGUCUGCAGUAUUACAUUAACAUCAAAGACGAAAUAUAAACAUAAUAAUAAUUAUUCAUCAUCACUCCGAACCGUAUUAUAAUAUAUUAACAGUGUAUACUGAAUCGAAUUUAAUUUCCAUGUGGAAACCCCAACCACGCACAAACACAAUACCGUGUUAUACAAGUAUGGUAGGUUCGACAUGAAACAAUAAUUUCAUAGUACCGCGCGUGAAUUGAAACUAUCGAAUUAUCGUAUCAAUUUAUUGAGCCUUUUUCUUCAUUUUUUUAUUUUACAAACUACUUAGUGGAAUUUAGUUUUGGAAUCGCAACAAGCAACCGCCACCUCCUCUACCAAAGUUACACAAAAUGGCUGACCCUGUAACAGUGACUAUACCCAUCUCAAUUAUCCUAGUACGUCUGUUUUUAGUGUAUAGAUUGAACUAUAAAUUAGUUCAGGUUUUUUUCUUUUUAUUAAACGUUAUACAAUAAUAAACAAUUCCCCAAUACAAGUCUCCCACCUUGGCGUAAUUCAAAUUGCGUCAUUGAUAUCUAAAUCAUGGGUGAAUUAGUACAACUAGUAUACAAGACGGAUAACAGCUGAAUAUUGACUGGAAAAUAAUGGACCUUCUUUUUCUCUCUUUCACCUUUUUCCAACCAUUUGGGGUCAGCCACCCUUAUCUUCUACUUCUACUUGCUCUGAUCCUCUACAUUUUCCUCACAUACACUCGCCAUCGUGGUAUCAUUCUCAAUCGAAUUUGACCGUAUUUUUUUUUUGGUUUCCUCUCCCCUCUUUCUUCCUAUGUCUACUUCAUUACAAUCCUUACUACUUCUAAUUUGUCUCUCUUCUUAUGUACCUAUUCUUAAUCGUAUCUUCUUUUAUCACUCCACUCAUUAAUUUAAGUAUUCCCAUCUCCAAUAAAUUCAUUAUCUGCCCUAAUUUUCUGUCUUUUGCGUAACACUUCAACCCAUACAAGAUACAACAUACUUGGUCUCACCAUACUAUUUUAUAAUUUACAUUAUAGUCUCAUUGGAAUCUUCUUGUAACAUAAAACACGUGCAAAAAAAAUAAACCACUUUAAUAAAUACUAAUUAUUCUAGAUUUUUCACUGUGUUUUCCUUUUUUUGUAAGAGGUGAGAGGUUUUUUUUUGUCCUACUAGUAAAAACCCCAUUUUUUUCAAUAGGCAAUUUACAAAUGGGCCCAUAAAAUGUCAAUAGAAUGCAUUGCACGCGUGAAAAAUUAUAUAUCUACAUUAUAUAUCACGUAUACUCAAUAUUAGUAUUUUUAAUUAUUAAUUAUUUAAUAUCGUAAAGAGAAAAUAUUUGUUUAUAUGUUUGUAGUGGGUAAGCCCAAAAACUACAUAUAUGAUUCUAAAAUUUUUGUUUGGUUUAUAAAAUCUACAUUAUCAGCGAUUAACAUGGACUGUAUUUUAUUUUUAAAAUAAUUAGAGAUCUCUACGAAAAUUGCAAUAAUUAGGUUUUCAAGUAAUUUUGGUAUGCGUAUCUAAUUGUUUUUUUUUAUUUAUUUUCUUUUAUUCGUGAGUGACCUUGGUGACAUGGAUAACAAUUUUGAUGUCACGGACAAAAAAACUAUAACUAUUAUUAUAACUAUUAUUUACAUUAUUACCUAGCAUUAGUAAAGCAUGCCGUGUAAGCUAUAUGAAAUAAAGUUGACUAUUAUUAAUAGGUAGACACAUAUCAUAGGUAGAACACAUAGGUAUGUACUUAUGUAUCCAGGAUUCCCAAAAUUAGGAUUAUUAAUCUUCAGAAAAUCUGGAUUUUCCCUCCACUAUAGUAGAUAAAUACUAGCCAAUAAGUAUUUAAUAACUGUGCUGUGUUUUCUCUGGGUUAAUUAAUCUAGAUAGGUAUAUUAUUUGUAUCUGAUAUCUAGAUAAAUGAAAAAUAAGUUAUAUAUGCUGAAAUCUAAAAUAAUUAUUUGAAUCAUCUAGAUAAAUCUUUUUAAAUAGUAAUUAAUUAAUUAAUUUGAUAUUAUAAAUAGUAGAGAAAAUAUUCAAUUCAUAUUAAUAUUUUAGUUUAAAAAAUUAUUAAUUUUAUUUGUUAUUUAUUGUUUGACGAUAAUUAUUACCAUUAACCACGUGACCUUUAUGAAAAAACUAAAUAAUUUACUAAUAAUCUAGUACUUUUAGUAUUCAGUUUCGUGAAUGAUAGAUUAUGAACUGAAUUAUCUAAUUAAUUUUUUUUUUAAUCUAGAACUCCUGAUUAUUUAUCUUUAUCUAGAUAAUUAAAUUUUUAUGUAUCUUUUACCUUCUUCUAAAUAAUAUUAAUCUAGCAAUUAAAACUGAUCUUUAACUAUUUAUUUUAAAAUUUGUCCUGUACAAAAAAUAAUUUGUAUAAAUUAUCCCCCUUUUGGACAUGUAAACGUAAUGGAAACACUUUGCUGAGGAUUUAAACAACGGUAAUACGAAAUAAUUAUCAUACCAUAAUAUUUUAUAAUAAUAUGUUACGCUGUACAUCCAUUGGCUCGGCCAAUUAUGAUGAAAAUGUAUGCGCAGCCGCAUUUUAAUAAUUAGUCGAAAUGUACGCGUAAACGCUUUUAUAUUACAGAUAUAAAUAUAACGAUUUAACUCGCACAACAGUUGGGGUACAUAAUACGUGAAAUGAAUUGUAGGAGCCGUGUAAUUAUAAAAUACACCCACCUGAGCAAAACGUAUCCAUUACCACUGAUUACCACACAUGGAGGCGAUGUCGUCGCUUCGAGAAUUGUCACGGCUUCUCCGUCUCGAUUAUCACAGGCUGCGUAAGAUGACAUGGGACGAUAUGGUGAAUCGAGUUUGGUUGCUUAAAUGCGAGAGAGAGACAGACAAAAAGACCUUUUUUGAUCGAUUACAAAACUGAAUCCCCUGGGGGUAAUGGGUAAGAACGGCUUCCUCAUGGGGCCUGUGACGUUUACCUAUACAUGAAGUGCACACAUAGAGGGGGAAGGUUGAAAAUAAUUACAUUUUUAAAUACACCUCUCCUUCAAAAAAAAAAAAACAAUUAACAUAUUACACAAUUCAGUGCCCAUGCAAAUCACAAGUGACAAAAAAGCAUAUAUUAAAAUAUAUUUUUUUUUUUUUUUGUCAAUAUAUUUAUAUACCUACUAUUUGAAGGUCAUUAAUGACUCAUUAUAUUGUUGUAAUGAAGAUCAAUAAUAAUAAUUAUGGUUGAUCGAUUUAAAGUGAUCGGUCAAAUUUUCUUUUUUCAUAUUUGAGGUAUCCCAUUAUAUCAUACUCAUUCCCAUAUUUCAAAGAGUAUUAACUUUUUGGAGAUUUUUUUUUUUUUUACAGUUUAAGAAAUGAGAAGCUCUGAAAUGUUGCUUAACCAUUAGUUUUUGUCAUCCUUAAGUUUGCGGGUGAAAAAAUUAUCUAAGUUUGACUUUCUAAUGAAAAAAUGUAUUAAAAAUAGUAUAAACAGAUUGCAUAUUAGUUUGAAUAAAUUUGGAUUUUUUGUUGCUUUAAUACUUUUCUUCGAACUGUCAAAAAAAAUUAAUAAUAAUAAUUCUGAAAAAGUUAAUACUUUUCGAGAUAUUGCAAUCAGUAUAUAGUAUAUAUUCUUGGUAUAAUCUGUAUAAUUUAUAAUAAAUUUGUAUGCAAUUAACUAUUAAAAUAACAAACUCAAAUAUUCAAUAAUUAUACUGUUUGAUCGGAUGAUGUACAGAUAACUGUUUUCGAUCAUCGACCCGAUGAUAUCCAACCCAAAUUGUAGUCCCGCGGGACGUCCGAGGAUACGAAAACUUUGGCAGCGGUGAAAACUGCAGUAACUGAUAUUUUGCAGGUCCUUGUGACUUCCCCGAAGUUACGAAGCCAGUGCAGGGAUAGGUGGCCCUUGGCAGUUGGUCGUUGAAAAGGCCGUCUUAAUCCCCUCCCCCCGUACUCGACCUUGUAUAAUAUUAUUAUUACAGCAGUCGGAGUAAAGGCAUUGCAGAAACUUCUCGGCCGACCGACUGGUUAGGCUUAGAUCGGGUUGAACGGCGACGAUGGAUUAAAAUACGAAAACGCCGUUAAAUCUAAUUAUUAUCGACACUCAAAAGGGUCUCGUGAAGUCUGCAAAACUAAUUACAUCAGCACAGGUCGGUCGAAUGAUAAAUAUUAAUAUUGCGGUGGCCGUAGCCGUUUUCUAUUGAAGUUGAGAUACCUACUGUUUUCCUCCGCUAUCCAUUUCCGUUGUCAACACAAUUAUUUAUAUUCCUAUAUUAUAGAUUUAAUAUUAUUUCGGCCAAGAAUAUUGUUCUGAACAUCUUUCAAUAAUGUACUAAAACCAAGAUUGGAUAGAUAUUAAUUAGUUAGUUUGGCCUUGUGCUAUGACUUCUCUGUUUUAUGUUUUUUUUUUUAAAUUAAAUAAAAUUUUAACUUACAAAAUCCAAGGUAUCUAUUUUACAAAUAUAUUUUUAAAAAAAAUUUCACCAACACAAAUUAUUCUUCUUCUCAAGCUUUUAUGGUACUUGAAAGACUUGUUGUCGUUCCCACUACAUUCCUUUACAUACGACUAUAAUGACUAAGAUACCUAUGAUUUUUCCCGUUUAUUUUUCCUACUAGAGCUUUCUUCGACUUCUCGUGGUCUGUUCAAUCGAUUAAUUUACUUAUGAGGUAUGCAUUGAUAUCGAGUUUUUGAUAAAUAUGUUGUUCUUCCAUUGGCUCUUUUUCUGUAAACUUCUGUUAAUAAUGUUUAAAAAUGCAAAAACCGUAGUUUCUAAAAUUGUUCGAUGUUUACAACUAUUACAAUUAUUUUUCAUAUAUAACUUUUAUUUCAAUAAAGGAAUCACAGCACAAGGUUUUAGUUUUUAUUACAAAAAAAAGUUAUUUAAUGUACUUAAUAUUCGUGUUACUGCCUGUAUUAAAAUAACGAUUUAACUAGAUUGUUCAAUUAUUCAUUUUACAUAACAGCUCAGAUAACUUAUUUCUCAAUUAUCUAGAUAAAAAAGAUAAAAAAUAUACCUUUUUAGAUAUUUGAUCUACACGAAUUUAUCUCGACAAAAUUACACAACACUUGUAGCGACAAACUUUUUCUAGCGAAUGCGAUAAAAAUUGUCGAUUCGACGUGUUUCGUUUGACUUUCCGUGUCGAUCGCGUCACAGUGACGUUCUUUGCACCAAAACGAGCAUUUUGUUAUAUUUUAACGUCUUCGUCGUCCGCAGAAAACACGUAUCCAGAAAAACUUUCCGCUCGACUGUAAUAUCGUUUUAAUGACGUUUUAACAGCUAAUUCCACGCCAUCGCGUCAGCCCGAAUAAACUUUGAGCCGGAGGAAUCGAGCAAAAUUAUAUUACGUUAUGAUUGCAUAACUACGGAUUUUUAUACAAGUGUUUUUUUUUCAUUUUAAGUACAAGAGUUCAGAAUGUCUGCAAUUUCGAGAAAUCGAAAGAAUUUUUUUUUUUUUAAAGACUAGACGCCUACUACCGUCGAUGGACGGGCCACUGUUUUAGGUAAGAUAUAUAUAGUAGAGUUCGAUUUGCACUUUAUCUGUGAGCCAAGAGAGAUUCUCAGUGAAGAUCGGUCAAACAAGUUUUGAAAUGCCGUAUUUUUUUUUUUUAUCGACAAAUAAAUCUGAUGAAUCUCGAGUUUCAAAGCAUUCUUACAAAGACGAUAAUAUGUUAUCCAUAUAAUACAAAAUCGAAUAACUAAACGACAUUAUUAGAAAAUAUGUCUUUAAUAAAUAAUUUUGGUUCAACUUGGGUAAAACGUAAAACCUGGUGCUUAGAUUUUAGAUUCGGAACUUAGUGAGGGAUAUAUUGGUUAUACUAAGAUGUGUUUUUUUUUCUGUCUGUAAACAACUUAUUGAAAAGAAAUCUUGCUCCGGUGUAACUCUUACUGAAAGGUAAUUUUUAAUGGGUGCAUAAGAGAAGUAAUUUUCGAUUUUCAAAAUGAUAGGGCAAAUCCAAAAGAAAAUUAUAGGUAAACAUUUCGAGUGUACAACAGCGUUACUGUUUUAGUUGUUUUUAAUUUUUGUUCGUGGUUUUUUUCUACUACAAAUAUUACUGCAAUCGAAAAAUUACAAGUUAUCGAUUUUGUUCCUCUUGAUAAAUACCCAUUAACAAAAAAAAGUAUUUUUUUUUUAAUUUCCAAAGAAGUUUUCAUUAUAAAUGGGAAAAACCAAAGAGUCGAAAAAUAUGAUAUAUUUUUUUUUUCGAAUUACUUAUUAUUUUAGACAUGGAGAGAUUUUAAAAAUAUUUGAUUCGUUUUUAGGCCGUUUGAAGCCGUUUUUUUUUUGCGAGUUUUUUUAUAAAAUUUUUAUUUAGUAGGUACUCUAUAGAUAAACCUCUUAGAUUAAACAGAAAUGUUUCAAAAUUUGACAGAAGGUUCAUAAGUCAAAAUUGGUAAUUAAAAAAAAAAAAAUUAGUACAAUGUAAUUUUUUUUAUUUUCAUAAGAGUUUUAAGAUAAAAUUGUAUCAUUUUUCAUGUCCCACCUUCCCAACUACCCAUCUAAAACAAUGGCCUCACCUUCGUCAGUAUUAGUUCUUUUGUAUUAUGUAUAAAUUAUAUUUACGUAUUUAUUAUUGUAAAAUUUACGUAUUUUAAUUUUAUACAGGAUAUGCGAAUAUCACAUAACCACAUAACGAGUAUAUGGCAUAUUGGAUACCCACUGAGUCCUAUAUGGCUAAUAAUUUUCAAUUUCAUAAGUAGAAUAUUAAAAAUAUGUUUAUGGUUAAGAUAGGUAAUUUAAAAAAAAAAUUUUUUUUUAAAUAACUUUAUGUAACUAAAUGAAAAAUUCUGAUAACUUUUCUAAAUUUGCUAGUUUAUAAUACGAUAUUGAGAAAUAAUAUAUUCAUGGAAUAAAUUAUUACAAAACAGUAAUCUUUAUCUGUCUUAAGUGAUAGGAGAAUAACUGGAAAAAUUUAACAAUAGACUUGAAGAUUUGUGUAAUUGGAUAUAAUGGAGAAAAAUGUCAGGUGCUUUAUGUAACAGGAGAAUUCUAAUUUUCUUAAAUUUUAAUUUUACCAAAGUAGUGUUGGAUGAAAGACAAAAAAAUAGAACAGACAAUUAAUUUAUCAGAGAUGAGUAAAUGGAUGCUUAUGUGGAUGCGUGGAGUGAUGAAAGAAGAUAGGAUAGGGAAUUAGUACAUAUGAGAUAGCUUAGGUAUGCCUCUGAUAUAGUAGAUAAAAUAAGAGAAAAUAGAUUAAACGGUUUGAGCGUGUCAUGCGAAGAAAAGAAUCUAUAGCGAUGAGAAUUGUAGUUACAAUUAAUGUAUAUGAAAAUAGGACAAUAGAAAGACCGAAAAAUAUAUGUUUCGAUGCGAUUGAGUCGAUUGAGAAUGAUACAAGGACAGCCGGGGUGAGAUAUCUGAUCAAAUGGAAAUUUAAGAUAAGGGCAGUUGACCCUUUAUAAUUAGGAUGAAGGUUAAGGAAAAGGAGAAUAAGAAAAACGUAUUCUUUCGGUUACUGAAUUAUGUAGCUAUAGUUAUAAUGGAAGUAAUUAUAUUGUAUUAGGUAUACGGUUUCAACACCAAAAUGUAUUUAAAUUAAAACUUUGUAUAUUAUUUAUAGAAUUUUUAAUAUAGUUCAGAAAUCAAAAGAAGGUAGUCAUUUCCCUAAUCAAAAAUAUGAGUGACCUCAAAUAACUGUAAUAUAAAAUUUUAGAUCUACUUGUUACUUAAACCAUCAAAAAUGAAAUGUCGAAAAAUUUAAUAUUUUUUCGAAAUAUCACGGUAAGUAUAUCUUCACGGGACACUCUAAACAUUGACCUACUGAGGAAAAACUCUUUCCGUGUGUAUAAAAGAAGAACAUGUAUAGUGAAAAAAGGUAAUACGUUAAAAACGUUAUUGCUUUUCGCGCGAAGUUCCAGCGGCACACGCAUUUCCCCAGCUUAAUCCUAUGCUCCGAGUGUUCUGGCAUGCACGAUUCUCUGUCAUUCUCUCUCUCUCUCUUUUUCUCUCUCUCUUUCUCUCUCUCUAGGAAUAAAAUUAUAUUAUAUUUAUGUAUACCUAUAUCACGUGCACACUGUAUAUGUCUAAACAUAAUAUUAUUUUGUUCGAAGGGAUUACCGAGCCCAUGUAAUUCGCUCAGGAUUUGACGUCUGCGAACGCGUUUGUUUGUAAUUAUAAUUAAAAGUCGUUUUACGAGACUGCGACUAUAUAUACACUGCUACCGGCUAAUAUUAUUAUAUUACUAUGCGUGUAGACGUCGCGGUUUUUUCUCCGGUGAUUUUUUUUUUUUUCAAAACACGCGGCUAUAUGGCAAAAUGACGCGCGCGUGCGCGUAUACAAGCUGUACGGUUAUCUGCCCCGUUAAAAACGCGCGGGAGCUUAAAAUUUAAUUAAAACUUAACUCCGCGGUAGGGCUAUUCUAUAUAUACGUGUAUUUUUUUUUUUCGCGAACCAAAUCCAACGGUGCCGUCAGUACCUACGCAGAACUCGAGCGAGACAGGAAAACGAAACAAAAAAUAUCGCCUCUUUUGCAGUUUAACAUAAUAUAUUUUAAUACCGCAAUAUACAUGCACGCGACCUUGAUCAAAAUCGAUUUUUUCGUGGAAAAAAAAAUUAAUAGUCACACGGUUUCUAAACUUCUUCCGCGAAAUAGAGAUUCCUCUAUUAUAGGGAUUCCGAUACUAUAAAAAUGUGACGACAGUAUGCACUGCAUGAGAGCGAUCAAAUUUAAAUUUCAAUAUGAAGGACUCAGUCGUACAGUAAGGCAAGUCCAAAAUGACUUGUUGAUAGUUUCGAGUAAAUCAAUAAAUGCUAAAUAAUUUAAUUCGACAAUUGUGCAAGUCCGGAUAGAUACGGAAAAAUAAUCAUAUGGGCUUGGCAUAUACGUGGUUUAACUAAAGUUUGGACAUAAAGUAGGCAAAUAUCCCACGGAUAAAUGGUUUUUUUCAUUAUCUGAGCCUUUCAAUUUCUACACGGGUUAUUAGGUAAAGUGUUGUGUUUUAUCUAGAUAAAUUAUCUGGAUAAUUUAUAUUUUUGUUGUUUUAUCAUAAUCAGGCAAAUGGGAAAUACUUUAUCUGAACCGUUAUCCGAGACAAACAAUUAGAGCAUCAAGGUAAAUUGUUUUAAGUAAAAAAAUAAGUAAAUUAUUUAAUUUAAACGAAUUCAAUAUUAUGAUGGUUUAUGAACUAAUUACAAGGUAUUUCAAUCUUUUUAAAAUCUAGAUAUACACAUGUUUGUAGUUUUAUGAUAGAUAAUGCAAAAAAUUAACUUUUUUUUUUAUGAAAAUAAACAUAUGAUCAUCAUUUUACAUCUAGGUAAUUAAACAGUUUUGUAUAUUAUGUGUCAUCGUCUAGAUAACCUAUUCUACAAUAGUAAUAGUAUCUAUUGUCUUUGUCUAUAGAUAAUUUAAACAAUGAUCAUUAAACUACAUUGGACUAACACUUUUCGGAAUUUCGGAAUUUAGUUUAUGAAACGAUAUCUGAACAUUUGUUUGAUACGACAAAGAAUUUCCUAGACAAAAUGCUCGUCCUUUUUCUUGAUUAUUAUUUCACGAAACACAACACAUAUCGACAACGAACCUUCUGUAAAAUAUAAUAGUCUUAUUUUUACAUCGAAGCAUUUUUUUUUUUUGUCGUAACACCUAGUUGGCAACAAUAUGUGGAGCGUACUUGUAUAACUCAAUUUGAAAAACCCGUCGCACUUAUCCUAACGUUUUCAAUAAUAUAUUAUAAAUAUAUACAAAUAUUAUUUUUUCGUUUUCGUUCAUUUUUAAUGAACUUUUGAUCGCCGGGUAAAGCGAAAAAACUCGUAACAAUGGUUGACUAUAGCAUUUUUCAAAGAGAAAAAAAAGAAAAACUAGGUCGAAAAGAAAACUGGGUGUUUUUUUUUUUUCAUCAAAAAGUCAACUUUACAAUAUUAUAAUUAUAUUGUUUUCGUUUCUUGAGGAGAAUCAUCAUGUUAUAUUAAAAUAAAAUAUAAUCGUCGUCGUACUAUACAUACAUAAUAUAAUAUCACCGAAACUUUUUUCAUAAUAAUAUUAUGUCUCCUACGGCCUCGGCGAGACUCGUACAUCCCAGCGGCGAUUCGUAUACGCCAGUCAGAGCCAUAAUACUUUUUAGUCUUUUGAAGAUGAAAAAAACUCGUAUUACAUAGUCGUCAUCAUUAUUAUAAUAACAAUAAUAAUAAUACACGUCGUGUAGGUAGAUAGAUGUCAAAUAAUUAUGUCGAGCUGGCUCGCUAGCUGCCCGUUGGCGAACGAUUAAAAAUGCGAUGUUCAAAGACAAAAUUUGUCAGUUACUUUUAUAUUAAUCGGAAAUCAUUGGAAAAAACAUUUAGUAUAUACUAAACAUGUGGUGGGAUAAAUGAAGUUAUAACAAUUACAUAAUAUUAAAUUUAUGAAAUGCUGAUGCGCGCUAAAUCUGGUAUACUUUAAGUAUUUUCAGUACUUAGUUUUACGCAAUUGGCAAUGAAUAAAAUUAUCUUUUUUUAACUAGAUAAAAAUUACCUGAUAAUUCCUCUUUAUUUAGAUUAUUAAAUUUGUAUGCAUGUUUUACGUUUAUCUAAAUAAACAUUAUGAACAAUUAUCUCUUAUCUUUAUCUAGAUAUUUUGAAAUUUAUCUUUACACAACACGUAUUAUCAUAAUAGCGAAACCAAUAUACGUUCUUCGCUUAUAAACGGUGGCCAAACAAACUUAAUAUAACCCAGAAACGACCUACAAGCUACCCAGUAUUCACCUACCGAAAUUUCCCAAUUAUCCCUAUUAUGUAUCGAUGUUUUCACCUAUUUUCACUAAACAAGUAGUGAACGGUUAUUAAUAUUCAAUUAUUUGCAUAUUGAACACCCAGCCACUCCUACACAUACUAAAUGAAAUCGACCGGUUCUCAAAGACCAAGUUAUUUUCACCGCUAAGGUCCAAAAUAAUAUUAUGUACACGCUAGGAAUCUGAUAAAUCGCACUUGUUCUGUAUCAACGAGUCGCAGUUUCGCAAGCUAAUUAUCGAUUUUCGGUCUCAAAACCGACGCGAAUAUUAUAAUAUCACGGACACCGAACGCCAGUGAACGCGAUUUGUUUGAAAUGUUAUCGUAUAAAGCGGCACUCGGCACACGGUGACAAUAAUUAGUAUUGUAGUAGCUCACCGCGCAUAAUACACAUAUAGAUUUCGGUACCUGAUUAUAAAUUAUGUCGGUCGGACGCUGUGUAAUAGUAAUAAGUACGCGAGUCGUCAGCAUAUUAAAGCGGAAAAUUGUCAUUUUUUACACGUCGGAAACUGUUCUAUAGAAGCCACUGCCGUCGGUCGACGAUAGUUUUGGGUUCGGCCAUACGAAUGCAAAUCGUGUGUGCGCAUUGUGUGCGUUUCGAAAAGUCACGUGCAAACUUACCGCGAUGAAUCGUGUGUGAAUAAUUACCCACGUAGACAAAUAAUAAUAAUAAUUAAAUUAUUAUUGUCGAUACUUUGUUUCGAAAAUCUAUACAAAUCAAUUGGUCGGUUCUUAAAGUGGCUGCGUCGUUAACUGCAGUGUUAACACUCGAGUUUGCAUUUUGUUUGUUUUGUACUUAUACGUUUGAAAAUCGUUUUUUUUUUCCAAACUCUCGGUACGUUUCGACGAUUUCCACUCCUAGAGUAUACUUAAUAAUAACAUACCUAUAUAGUAUUAUUACUGUUAAUGAGUUUAUUGUGUGCGGGUGCCUGCUCGUUUUCUAUGUACGCACAAACACAAAAAUCGAGAAUAGGUUAGGUGACGAUCGAGCGUUAAAAUAUUAUCUAGGUAUCUGGUAUACACGCAUGGAAAAUUCUGUAUGACGAUAAAAUUAAAAAUACCUAGGUCCAGAUAAAACUGACUAAAGAAUCAGAUUCACCUUCAACAAUUCCGUAAAAAAUGCAUAGCUAACUCAUUUUCUUAUUUCUUACAUGUGGUUUUGAUGCUGGCCAGCCCUAAAAAUCUGCUAGCGGAUUAAUUUCUAUAAUAAUGAGUAUAACAUUAUGGUAUAUUUAUUGUCUAUAGCCACAACGAACUAUACGAGUUAUAGAAAUAAGUUGUUGUCAUUCGUGCAAUAUAAUGAUGAUAACAAAACAUUUCAUCAAUUCAGUGUUUUUCGACAUAGAAAAUAUAUUAAUCAACUGAUAAAUAUUAACAGUGAUAUUAUUCAUAUCUAUGGUAAAAAAUGAAAAAUCGUUAAACAUCGACUUGCUUACCAUCGAUGCAUCUAUGUAUUUUUUUUUCUUCGCUACAGUAACAACACAUUUCAUUUAAUAAAUAAUAAUCAAUAAUUAUAUUUUCGUCGUUUGCUGUAUUAAUCCACAUUUCAUUUUCACUGUGCUAUUCAUGUUAUAUUUCCGACUCCCAUUUCAAAAACUAGACAACAGUGUGUGGAAAUCCUAUUAUAAAUAUAUUACGUCAAACAUAACAUUAUCUAGUGUAAGUGAAAAUUUUUAAAUUUAUAUUUAAUACUUUACAACUAAAAUAUAUAUACAAUUUAUUUCUUUGUUUUGUAUCUAAAUUUCUCUAUAAUAUAUUUUAAAAUAGUAGUUCAGCGAAUAUUCACAACGUGUUCAAAUUGACCAAACACUAUCUUCGACUAACGGAUUUUCCCAAAUUGUCCCACCCCUUGACAAUAUUUCGUUAAAAAAUCGACUAGUUCAAUAAUUUACCGGUUUAUUUUCUAGCGGACAUACAGUAAGUAAGCGAAAUUCUACUUAACUGGAUGCCAAACAGAAUUAACUGUGUGACCGUCUGGGCACAAAUAAUCUCCUUCGAAAACGCCCAGUAGUGUUUAGUUAUAUGUUGUUAAUGGUUUUUUGUUUAUUCCUUAAAUCAUUACUAACCCUCCAAGGUUAGGAAAAAUCUACAAAAGUACGUGUAGGGAACCAAACGAUAUUUAUAAUUUUAUAUAAGUACAUGAAUGCGUUCUGUCAAAUUUUAUUUUGAUACUGUACCUAUAUAAAUAAUAUCUGUUUAUAUAAUGAUUAAAUACCAUCAAGAACUAUCCUAUACUACACGGUAUUGAACAGACUUAUGAACAAUGUUUUGAAGUUGAAAUAUAUCCUUAUUAUAUUAACUGUAGAUUGCUUACCUAUGUGGCAUAUUAUAUUAUACAGGUUUACGGCUAUGUGAGUGGACAUUGCGAAUACUAACUAUAAAUAAAUCAUAUAAUUAUUAUCUUUAUACUGAACUCAGGAAAUUAAAAGCCGGAUAAAAAACAGCCAAUUUUUUAUCAAUAAAUUAAGCUUUUCUUUGACCCUUGGCUAAAAUAAAUACACCUUAAAAUUAAAUUACUAAAUAAAUACUAAUAGUUACUGUGUUAAAAAGCCUAAGGGGGAGCGAUAUGAUCUUUUUUGUGCACGCUACUGGUCCUCGGAUAGGAGUCCACCGGAUUUCCAUUAACUCGCGAGUGACCGAGCGCUACGACUUACCGGGCGGCGGCCGCGUAAGUACACCUUUUUUUUUUUUGCUUGCCAUUCUAUAGCACACAUCACAUCGUUACCACCACUAUAAUACCAAUUAAAAGGGUACCGCGAGUCGCGGCCUAUUUAAUUUCAUAAUAUUAAUUACGAAAUCCUUUUUCUUGGCGCGCAAAGGAUUUCUAUACACCUCUAUAUAAUAAUACUAUCGCGUGUGAGCUGGCGUCGUUCCAAAACGUGAUUUCCCCCCCCCCCCCGUCGGAUCCGAAACUACCUUCGAGAAAGACCGUAUUACUUAACCGUCGUCGUCAGUGGCGCGCACUGCUAUAACAUUAUAGUAAUAAUAUUGUGCGAAACUAUACUCGGGCAAUGACGUGCGUCGACAAUGACGGCGUAUUUUCGGUCUUAUAUGAUGCUACAUAUUUUAUUAUAAAUUAUGCUGCGACAAAACGGUGUUCACGCAUCAGAAAAUAUACAAAAAAAAAAACUGAAAACGUCACGAUAAACGCGCUGAAGUCGCCCGUAAAUCGUCGGGACACGUCAUUUUGGCGGCUCACGCGUUUAUUUUUAUCGGACCCCGGAGAGGCCGAGCCGCGGUCCGACGACGUUCGCGCGCUCCACGGCGAGAUUUCGUCGAAUCUCUCACCGUUAUCCCGCAGGACUAUUAAGAUUUUACGAUGGAAAGAGAGGCGGGAGAAUUAACGAACGAACCGCUCAAACAUUCGCGUACCUAUGUAUUAUAAUAUCCCGUUAUCCCUGUCCCACCGGUCAUACGGUCGACAAAUUUUCACACACACUGCAUGCAUUAUAGAUUGUCAUGCAGGUACGUGAAAAUAUCAUCAUAACAUGUUGAAGUCACGUGCAGAUUGUAUUCACACUGCACCACCUCCGAAAUCGUCAAAGUUUCAAUCGUUUUCGUAAUAGUUUUCCGUCCGAUUUCGCAUCGGUUCCGGACGUAACCCCGAUCGUUGCAGUUAAAUUGGUGGAUGACUUCCAAAUCACGUAUAUGUUCAAGAAAGAUUAAAACUAAUUUUCAACAAUAACUCAUACUUGUAUAGUAAAAAUUAAUAAAAACGUGUAAUUUGAAACCUAACUUUGGGUUUAUGGAAUUACAGUUUGAGAUAUCUGAUUGUUGCACUAAACUACUUAUCAUAAUAUUGUAAUCAAUAUAAACCAGACAAUAUAAUAAUAUGCGAAUGGUUUAAAACAUGUCAUUUUAAAAACAUAAUGAGUUAUAAAUUGCAAAACAAUAAUGAAACAACGUUAUUAUUAUAAUCAUUUUAACAUGUUAAAAAAAUAAUAAUUAUAUACAUUUUUUACGUUAGAGAUGACGUUUUUUUCACACAUUAUUAUCAAUUAUUAUUAAUUUAAAGAGCCAGGAUAAAAAAUGGCAACGGAACGCAUUAUGAUCGUGAAGACCAUAAACCUACGAAAUAUUUUGAAAAACAGCAUUUCAAGAAAGAAACGUUUCACGUUCGUUUCCUUGCGUUGAAACACAAAGGAACCGUUUUAAUUUAUUGAACAAAUAUUACUACCAGAUAUUAUCGGUUCUACUGCUAUGAUUAUUAUUUAUUAUUUUUUUCCCCGCCCUAGGGCACGUUAUUCGUUUUUCCCGAAGGAGACGUCGCCGGGGAAAUUCGCCUCAACACCCGAAUCACUUAUUCGCGACGGGGCACGCCGAAAACACGUAUAGACGACCAAAUUCAAAUAUAGUCUCGUUCAGAGGGAUUUUUUUUUCCCUAUUCCCUUUUCACAAACGCCGCGGUAUAAUAAUACAUUAUAUAUUAUAUUGUUAUCAGCAGGACCCCGAGAGACUUUUCCAAGCACGUACGGAAGCGUCGCAGACAUCUUAUGUGCAUAAAUAACACGUACACAACUCAGGCCCACAUUGACAGGUUCGCUCGCUCCGUCGUCGUAAUAACAUGUUAUAUGAUAAAGCACCGGGGCUCCGUCAACGAGCAGCCGAAAUCACCAUCCGAAACACACGUCAUUUCGAUAACAGUCUCGGGAAAAAUAAUCAUAAUAAUAAUAAUGACUAUUGUUAUCAAUUUGAAUACCUACUGCGCAUUAGCCGUUCGUACUGUGAUGUGUUUUUGAUUCUGCAAGGAAUUCAUACGCAUGAUAAGCGUGCCUACGUCAUCUUCUUGAUCUUUUAUCAGUAGUUAUCGAAUCAUUUGGAUCAAAACAAUUUAAUGGACCAUUUUAAAAUGCGCGCAGUAUUUAUACGCUUGUUUUGUAUUUAAUUGUGAAUAAUUACAAAUCAAGAUUUGACUAGUACUGAAUAAGAUUUACUCAAAUACGAUUUUCACCAAUAAAACAAAUAUUCAAAGUAUAGAAUAAUGUAUGACAAUUUCUUAUUUUUAUUUUAAAUCACAUUCAUAAGUACAUUUUUUAUCCAAUCAUACUUGAUAGGUAUUGUUAUCUUAUAAUAUGUCAUAACAUGGGCACACCCAAGGGGAGAAGGCUAUCGGGCUUAAGAAAGACCUCUGCUCUCUAUUAUUGGUGGCGAAAAACGGACGUGUGCGUCAAGCCUUAUCGUCGCGACGUCGCAAACCAAACGAUGCAAUGUACCUGCAGAAAAUGAAGAAGAAUAUCAUAGACGUGCCAUUUUCAUUCCAUGGCUAGAUUCUUUUAUAAACAAUAUAUCCGAACGAUUUUUAAAGCACAAAUGUGCUAUUAAAUUUUAACUACUACUAAUUGGAAAUUCACCUAAUCAAAUGGAAGAAUCCAGUAUUUAAAACUUUUAGAAUUUUAUAAAAAUGAUAUACCACAAAAUAUGUUCAUGCUGCAGUAGCCGAGUUUGAUUUAUGGUACCAAAAAUUCCAAUGCCCAAAACAUUUCAUUAACACAUAAUGCAAUCAAUGCGUUAAACUUGUGUAAUGAAACUCCGUUUCAAACUAUAUUUAUAUUUUUAAAAAUAUUCUCAAUAUUGCCUGUUUCGGCUUUCGGAUUCAUGUCCAUAUUUUAAAAUCAAUACCAAUAUUUGAAAAUAAUUUAGCCCCCUCCAAAAAAAAAAUCCUAAGCAUGCCUCUGUGUCAUAAUAAAUAUGACGUCACACUAACCAUGUGUAUUCUCUAUGUACUUUAACAAGGAGCGUAAUUUUUUUUUUUGGUCUAUAAAAUUAACUUUUCCACCAGAAAUUUUAUUUCGAUCUUCAAGAUAAUUGCAUGUUUUUUUUUUAUUUUUUUUUUUUAAUAAUAUCAAAAUAUCUUAUUUUUGUCUAAAUACAUCUCAAUUUGAUAAUUUUAUUAUCAAUUAUAUCCUUAUAGUUUUCAUAAUAAUUUACAUAAGUACCAAUUUUUUUUUCUGUUUAUCCUUUUAUAGACGUGGUAAAAUUUUGAAAAGAUUCAGACUAUUUUUGAGCUGUUCAUACUGAUUUGAAAUUUUCUAAUUUUGUUUUUAUUUAUUCGGUUUACGCGGAUAAAAUCGUUUUAGCCGAAAAUACUUGAACAUUUAACACGAGAUUCAUUAUAUUAUGCCAUAUUUAAUAGUAGAAUAACAGAACUAUUACGAUUCAUGAUGUGGUAGUUUUUUUGCUAUUGUUCAAAAUUAAACAUCUUAACGAAAAUCCUAAAGAUAUGUAGCGGAAUUUCAUAAAGUGUUAUUAUGUUCAACCACAUUUCGCACAGAAUUGUUUUAAGUUGCCCAAUGAUGAUUUAAUGUCGUUGCGUACAGAUAUAAGUUAAUCUACUUUUUGAAUAUCCUACCUUCCCAACUUCCCGCUUACAACAACGGCACGCCCAUCAGCAGGCAAUAUCCACUAUCUCUUUCUCUCUCUCUCUCCCUUUUUAUCAUUUCUUUUUUAAUUUAUCAUUUCCGUCUAAUAAUGUAAUAAACUGCAACAACGGACAACAAAACUGUACUGCCACCACCGCCGCAGUGACAUUGCCGUAUCCACUUACUUAUAUUAGUAUAUAUUACAGUUGUCUCAGACGAAAAACAGCUACGUUCAAUUAUUGGAUUACGCCCGUCGAGAUUCGCAACAACAUUAUAAUAUUGAAAAAAUUGUUUUUCGCCGCAAACCGAAAUAUUGCGCAGCCCGCUGCCGUCGCCGAUUGUCUCUGGAAGAAUUCCUAUAUUUAAAACGAAAAUUAAUUUCCGCAAUAAACGUAAUUGGACGCACGUGUAUAAUAAUUUAAUAACAAAAUAUAUUAUCACGAUGUAGAAUAUUCGAAUCGGAACGAUUAAUAAUAAUUUUUCAUUCCGGGGGAAGGGAGGGGGUCGGUUUCCGCGUGAUAGGUAGGUAGGUAGGUAGGUAGGUGGCUGCGGGUAGGUGUGUACACGACAGAAUAUUAAUAAAUUAAUACAUUUCCAAAAUGCCCGAACGCCGAAAUAUUAUUCGACCGAUUUAAAAUCAUAUAAUAUCUACAGGGUUGUGUCCGCGGGAUUCUACGAUUUCCUUGAACGAUUUAAUCGCGCAUGUAGGACAUUGUCAAAUCUCACAGAAGCCCCCUGUAUAAUAUUAAUUCGCCCGUCGAUUUUUAAUAUUUCCCCUGUCCCCCCACGAAACACGCCGAACGUCCGGAUAAUAUUAUUAGGUAUAGACUGCGCGCAAUAUUAUUAUUUAUAUUUAAACGUCGAGAGUCGUUUUCGGUUUUAUUCGGUUGAAAAAUUAAAAAAAAAAAACGGAGAGGGAAGUAAAUGUAUUUAGGUAUACUCUCACUCGGACGGCGGGGAAAUACGACGAGAUUAAUCGAAUCUCCAAACCCACACGGAUUUUUUUUUUUAAUUUUUUUAAUAUUCACACGCACGCACGCAAAAAAUAUCCGUAGUUAAUUUUACGAGACUGUACAUCGGACACCAUGUUAUCGUAUUUAACCGGGUACCCGUCAAUGACACUGUUGAGACUUAUCUAGUUAUUUAUUUAAUUUUAUCUUAUCUAUAUCAAUACACCAGAGUAAUCUUAACUCUGAAUAUUUCUCAUAGAUAAUAAUGUCACUUAUCCAGAUAAAUAUGCGUUUUUUUUAAAAAAAAAACAAUCACUAUAUGAAUGAUUUAGCAACAUAAGUUUUAACUUCAUAACAAACAUAAUUAUUACACAUUAGUUGUUUAGCGGAUUCAUACAUUGUAACUGAAAAUGUGUCUGUUUUUUUUUUUGUUAAUACGGACAAAAUGACGGUUAUCGUUGAUCUAUUACCUACCUAUUAUUAUCUAAAGAAUUUUAGUUCAAUAAUAAUCGAACUAAAAUUAUUUAUCUUUCCUCUUUAUCUAAAUCGAUGUAUUAGGUACAUAUUAUUUAUCUAUACGGUUUUACCAAAUAAAAACGCGGACUAAAAUCGGUCCGGGUGCGUGCGUAUUUUCCCUCGACUGACCGUUGCCGAUGGCGUGGCUGCGGCCAAGGAGUCCGAGAGUUUCUCCGGCGAUCGUUAGGAUGCGCGAGCACGUUGCGUUCUUAUUCUGAAAACGGUGUGGAUACAUUUAAAUUUGUUGAUGCGUUUCAACACGGGUCAGUGGCAUAUGAUUUAUCCUAGGUAAAUUUAGUAUUUAAUGAUUUUAAAUGGUUAUUUAUUUAAAUAAUUAUUAAAAAGAAUGGCAUAGGUGUUUAAUGUGCACACGUUGAUUAUUUAUAAUAAGUAACAUUUGAAAUGCUAUACUUUUAACUAAAUCACUAUUAAUAUUAAAUACUUCUUCAAUGUAAAAAAAACAUUUAUCUAGUCAAUUAUAUUCUAAUAUGUAUAUUUUAUAUUUUCAUCCGGAUAAUUUAUUACUCUAACAACUAUCAUUUAUCUUUAUCUAGAUAUUUUAAAAUGUAUCGUUAUAGAACACUGUAAUAUUAUUUGAUAGUGCCGCCAAUAAACGUAGCGAAAAAUGUUCUUUAUGGAAUCAUUGUAAAUAAUCUGAAAAAUGAUAAAAUCUGAUCUAUGGUGUUACUCAUUAAAAUCAUCUCUUUGCUUGUUUACGAUGGUCCUUUUGACAUUUUACUCCAAUCCAUUUUUAAUAACAAUAUCGACUUUUGAUUUCAAAUAUUAUGUUAUAGCAACCGGUUGCAUUUUUUCAACUGCGGAUAAAAAAUGAGAAUAUUAUUUUUCUAAAAAUCGCUCAUGAUAAUAUUAAGCGAAUCAUUCUGUAUAAUGUUCUAACGAACAAUAUUGUUCCGGCUAAAAAAAAAAACAAAUGAGUUUUUGCACGCACACUAUACCAGUGCAGUGUACCGUCAGAUUGCCUGUUUACAAAAAGACACUGAUUAGCGGUCCGUGAAAAACUAGGGAGAAGGGGGACAUUUUUACCAAUGUGAUUUCUAAAUGAUAUAUUAUUUUUUAUAAAACAGACUAUAUACUGUCUGUACGGUAUACAAGAAACGAAUAAUUUGCCCUUGAAACUAUUACGGAGUGCUCGCUAAAUUGUAUUUAAACCAUAUAGUUUUCAUAGGGAAAAAAUGUUAUUUGUUAUAUGUUUUUUUUUUAAAAAUGUUGUUGUUAAAAAUUUUUAUGUUUUACAACCGAUUUUUUUUUGUCGACACGCAUUUUUGUUCCAUAUGGCUAUUAUGGACAGAUAAUUAUAAUAUGCACAAUAUCAAAAUUAAGUGUGUAUUGAUAGGACUUUUGAGAUCAGUAGAUCGCAUAGCUUGAAAUAUAUUUGUCUUUUUUUAUUUUACGUUUUUUUGAAACUGAUUGAAAAAUUAAAAAAAAAAAAACAGUUUCAACAAGCAAGUGGAUCCAAAAUGAAACUCCGUUACUAUAAAUGAAGAGUUACCUCUGCAACAGUUAAUAAAACAAUAUUAAUCUGAACGUAUUAUAUGAUUACGAUUGUUUCAAUAACGAAAUGAUUGCAUUAUUAUUGGAUAGAUAUAAAACCGUUGAAAUGUCCAAAAUAUUUGAUGUAAUAAAAUCGGUCUUUAACGUGUUGACUCGUUUCGUUGAGGAUUUUAUGUAAUAAACGGCAAACGUCUUAAUACUUGGCCUUUAAAAUUGCCAUUUAUCUAUUGAAACUUUAAUAGCCCAACAAAAUCCAACCGAUUACAACUCUUCAAAAAUAUUGCUACAUCAAAAAACUAUUUGGAUGAGUCUUGAAGCCACAUUAUUAGUAAAAUGAUCUAGAUCGGUAGAAAUAUUUGUAUAUACUAUUUUAUACAGAUACAUAGUUGCAAGUUAUCUGAUCCAUUAAUAGAAACAAAAUAAUUACAUCGUCUAGACAAAUUGAUCUAGAAAAAUAUCACUAGAAGUAAUAGACAAAACACUUAAUUCAUACAAAUGCAUUGUUUUAUAAAUUAAUUAUUAAAGUUCAUCAAUUGCACAUAGCCUUUUCAAAAACUAGAUUACUCGGAUUACCCGGAUUAUUUAUCUUCAUCUAGAUAAUUAUCCUAGCGAUUUAUCUCAUGUUUUUAUCUAGAUAUUUUGAAAUUGAUUUACAGGCACACUCACUGUAUAGGUGUACACGUUAUUAUUUUUUGUAAGAGAACAUUUUUCUCGUUAAUCGUAUUUAUGGUAACUAUUGAAUUCGUAUACGCAGCCCCCGAAAUUGAGUACUUGAAGAUCCGAACCUGCUGCUGUUAUGGGACUGCGGUUCCCUAUGGUGGGUUAGUGGGCGGGCGGUUAGGUUAGGUAUAGCGGUCCUUACCUGUCAAUAACCGCAGUUUUAACGUCACAUAUCAUCGUAGUUUGUACAAAAAUAUAUGUAUAUUUUUUUUCUUUUUGUGUCGCCCGCGUGUCGUUUACAGUUCGCCGCUGCCAUCACUGAGACGCGCCGGACGCAAAACAUUAUGA